AUGGAUAAUAAAAACACACCGCAAAUCCUCCAAGUGGGCAAACUUAUCGGUAUUCCCGAUGGCAGUGUACUCAGUUGCUGUCCAAGGAUGGAUCUCAUGGCUAUUUCCAUGAACAAGACGUCGGUGUGGAUGUUCCGAUUCAACGGUGAGAGAGUGUACUCAAUCAACAACAAGGCUAGGAUUCUCGAACUUCAAUGGAACUCUAGUGGAAAGUUCUUUGCUGUCUCUGGAACUGACAACCUUAUCAAAAUCUAUGAGACGAACACAGGUGCAUUAGUUAAUAAGUUUGCCACGAAUACCUCACUUCCAAUUACUCUCAUGAACUGGGUAUCUGUUGAAUUGGAUGCGUCAAUUGGAUCUGACAAGGCUGCGCCCUUUUUAAAAAUGUUCAAACAGGAUAUACUAAAGCAGCUUCCGAAGCUAAGUCAUGAAGUCAACUUCUACGAUUCAGAGAGGGCUGGAGGUGUUAUCUCAAUGCAAAGUGGCUCAUCGAAGGCCCAGUCAGUGUCUAUUUCUGCCACAAACACAAACGAGGAUGACUCUUUACUCGACUUCCUUCUUGUCAUCAACGCAUACUCCCUUCUUACGGCGACAUUCAAUAAUUUGUUUGUGGUACCAGACAUUGAACUACCUGAGGGAUCUAAAUUUUUCAAGCAUGUUAUGAGGAAGAAUUUCUUCGAGCAGUACCUUCUAGCGGAGCAAUCGCAGAAAUUUCUCCUUUACAAGAUGGAAUUCGAAAUGUCAGAGGCUCAUGAACGUGCUUACAUUCUUGACAUUUUGAAAUGGUCUUCAUUGUUGGUAUCAAUGCUCAAUCACAUAACUGACCAGGUGAGUGUUAUGCAACAGGAGGCUUCCGCUUUUUACUCACUUCAAGACAGAUAUUUGAGCAAUUUGAAGGAGGCUUUUGUACAAGGUGAAGACAACUUAGAGGGCUCGGAGAUUUCUCUUAACACGCUUGUGACCUUUUUGAUCGACAUGGUUCUAUUUGGCACUAUCCCAUCAUAUCUUGAGGAUUACUGGCUCAAUCAAUUUGGGGAAAGAGGUCUUCAACGACUAUCAAAAGGGGGAAACGAGCUUUACGAUGCAACCAGAAAGACAACUUUUGCUCAGGUGAUCUUGGCUGUUGAGAAAAUUCUCGUUCUUUUGAGUGAUCUACGAGGCGUUUGCAUUACUGGGAAGAACAUUUACCAGAACACCUAUGGCAUGGCUGUCGAUACACUAGAAUUGGCGGUUGAAUCGAGUAAAUCUUUGCUAAAGGGCUUUUACGAGUUGAUCUGGAAAUUCAACGACGAGCAAGAGCUUUUCAACGUAUUCUGUAAUUAUGUCAAAGUAGAAGUUUUAGAACUUCUCUCAAAGAAAGAUGGCGAAAUGGAACUGUUUUUAAAAGCACAUCCAGAAGUUGAGGUCAGCUCCAGCAAAACAAUCAGUUUCAUAGAUAAACAUUUAACACUGCCGAUACUUGUGUCUUAUCUUGAUCUUGAUGUGUCUGGUUUUGAUGUGAUUACCAAACAGGGUUCAGAGCAAGUGUCUCUCAUCGCGAAGCUUACAGCUUUAAAGACUGUCAUCAAUCAGACUCUUCUUCCUGGCAUCCAAAACUUUGUCGCUGACAGAGCCAAAUUCGACAUUACUGGUUCGAUUGAUGGACUGGGCUCGGCAAAUGAUUCCGAGAUGAUUUUUAAUGAUGACGGCAUUCUUGUUUCCAGCAAAACGGACUCAAUUUUAUCGCUCACCAAAUUUUAUGAAAAUGGAAAGCAAGCCACAACAGAGAUCAAAUUCCCCAAUACAAUCAUGUCAUAUAAGAUUACUCAAAAUAUGCAAAUUGUUGUUCUACUCAAGAUUCCUGAAAAGCAUUCAGAGCUCGUCACGUUCAAAGUUCCACAAAGAAAAAGUCGUAUAAAUUAUCAAGAUUUAGAGAAGGAAAGAGUCAUGUUCUUCGACAACACCAGCACCAUGAAGAAUCCCACGGUGAUGACACUCACGCAAGACCCGUUCUCUUCAAGGAGCACGGGAUGUAUAUUUGACAUGAUUGAGAGGCGAUAUGUGAUAUUUAGAUGCUAA